AUGGUGAUCAAGGAGACCCUUAAGACUGAAAUGAAACUUGAAGAAGAUCUUGAUGGAGAGUUGGACAAAAGUUUGUCCAUCUUGAUGGCGAUGGACAAAAAGAAUACUGUACUAGGUGUUCUCCUUACCUGGACUAUCAUUGUGACAUUAUGUGAUGCUCAGUGCACCUUUAUUUGGUUGGAGUCCACUGAAGGGAAUCCACCAAAAGGUUGCAAGGAUGCUCAAGGUGUAUUGCACCCAUUUCAUGCUAAUUGGAAAUCUGGUGACUGUGAGAUUUGUGCAUGUACAAACCAAGGAAUUGAGUGCUGUGUCAAUGUGAAGAGGCCUGCCCUAUAUGACAAAUAUAAAUGUAUGGAAGUUUUCCACAAGGAGUCUUGUACUUACAGAGCUGUAGAGAAAGAAAAUCCCUCUAAGGUCUGUGAAAUGUCAAUAUAUAUUGGUUAG